UAAAAAUCUAGCCCCUUUCACUCAAUCUAAAAUUAUUUAUUGUCAUUUUCUAAUCAAAUAUGUAUGACGUUUCUUCAAGAACAGUGCUAAUAAAAUCAUCAACUGGCGAAAAUGUGGGUCCUAGCACUUAUGUAACAUGCGAACCUCGUUGUCGGAAGCAAAAUUAUGCUCCUUUCCUAUCCAACACAAUAAAAUCCCCAUCUUUCAUCAGCAAACUUAACACCAAUGCAAUCUACGACAUCAGAGAUUAUCGCACCAAAAUCAAAGGCGGCUCCUCAAUUAAAAAUCGCGCCCCAAGGUUUGUCUACAAAGCUGACGACACACCUGCCCCUACAAAAUAUAACCCCAAACCCAUACAAUGUGGUAAAAAGAAGCUCAAACUUGAUCCAACUAAACCAAAAGUAUACGUGUGUGCCGUGCCUUAUUCUUCCACAGUGACGGCACCUUCGAUUCCGAGUAAAGUGGACGAGAAUGGGUAUGAGAUUGAUGAGGAAGGAAAGAUUGUUAAAGUGCCCCCGGAUGAAAAAAUUCCAGUCGAUUUAGAGAUAAAGAGUCAGUUUGGGGUCGGUAAAGGGUGGAGGUGGGCUUGUAGGACUUCAGAGAGGUUUGAUGAUAAGAAAUACACGACUGCUGGGCCGGGACCUGCAGCUUAUUCGGUAGAGAUUCCUAAGUGUCGAAAAGCUGAAGAAGAUGAAAAGUAUAGAGAGAUGGCGCGGUUGUUCACUUUCAUACCCAGAUACGUAGAAGCUCAAGAAAUGAAAGCUCAAAGAGAGAAAAUGCCCGGACCUGGAUCCUAUGACCUGGGCACUUCAAAGAAAGAGUGUGAAAGCAUCAACCCCAGACCUUUUAUUAGUGCCACCGCAAGGUUCUCCUACAAAAUUUCAGACACCCCAGCCCCCACGCAAUACACGGUGUGCGACUGCAGUACAAAACAAAAGCAAUUCUCCACGAAAUGUGCCCCCUUCGAAGUUGAGUCCCCAAGAUUCAAGCGGAAAAAACUUGCCUGCACACCGGGACCGGCUUGUUACAACCUAAAGGGCGCUCUCCAACAAAAAAUCGAAAGUAAAAAAAACCGCUUUGCGAUUUGCGACCCUCCUUUUAACACGACCGCCCCUCGAAAAAUUAGUUUUGCCCCCCGAGACGCCGCAUAUACCCCUUCUGCGGCUGAUUAUCCCGAAGAUCAAGAUGAAGAGUACGAUGAUACAACGGAGAUUUAUUCGUCUGUGUUUAAAAAUUGUGUUGAAAGAUUUUCUUGUCUGAAGGAUGGGAAGGAUUCCAUAGGUCCGGCUGAGUACAAUAUUAGAGAGAGUUUUGCCAAAAGUCGAAACCGGAAGUGCCAUAGCGUGGCGGAGGUGCCAUUCAACUCUUCCGGUCCACGCAGCGUCACUCCGGCAGUGAAAACUGGAGUCCCAUGUCCUUCUAGUUACAAGACCGAGCGAGGCCUCGACUAUACGAGUUGUCGUUUCGCCAUGUCGCCUCGAUUCAAAUGUGUGGAGGAAACUCCGGGUCCGGGAUUGUACAAUAUACAUCCUCGUUUGGAAAAAUCCACUUACAAGGCUUAUGACACCCAUAACCUGAAGCUGAAAGAAAACGUCCUCCGGAAAAAGCUCAGGACCGCUCCGUGGGACACCCGGAAGCAUUGGUGCUCAGUCCUUAAGAAGCAGAGACUCUUGAAUUGGUUCAACGUGGAGCUGGAUUUCGAGGAACGCAUGAUUCUGCUGAUUCAGAAAUUAUUCGAUAAGCCCAUUUAACACUGACAGAAUCGUUAAUGCAGCGCCGAGCAAAAUCAAACCAAAAUUGUAUUUGUCAACACGAAGUAACGUGACAUUCCCAUAUGC